AUGCAUCCACUAAAGAACCUAGACACUCGUAUUUUUUCUGGGGACUUCCAGACUCUAAACUCCUGCUACACAGGCAAGGCACCUUUGGCCAGUCCUGUGGAAAACCGGAUGUAUCGGAGCGUGGAGAACCUUCACUGGGCAGCGGUUGCUGACUCUGGGCUCUGUUCUCCCUGCCGAAGCCUGGAUAACGAGAUCAUCUUCCGCUGCAGAGGCACGGCUCAGUGGACAGAAGGCUGUGUGGAUGUGGCCCCAGUGCAGAGCACGUCAGACUCUCUGAGGAACCUUUCGCUCCGUGCUAAACAGACUGCUCAAUCGGCACAGAAUGUGCUUCUCCCUCCCUUUGCCAAAGUGCCUCAGUGGCUCUUCCCUUCUGCAGAGGAAAGAGCCCUACACGGAGAUGCCAAAAAAGAGCUGAAGGAGAAGCUGAGGCUGCACAGCAGUAAGAUGUCAGAGCCCUGUAAGCCGGUGCGUCCACAGGUGGCCCUGCCUGACCUGGUGGCCCAGGAGUUCUUUGAAUGCCAGAUGUGCCGGCAGUACAAGAACGGUUGUGCUGUCAACUGCUGCACGGUUUUGGUGGAGCACGCUGCUCUCGGGCACAGCCUCACGGGGAGGCAGAGACUAUGUUUUGCCCACAGGGUCAUCAGCCCAGAAGACAUCAAGCAGGAGGCUCAGAGGAGGCUUCAGCUCCGAAGGCAGAAUAGCUCCCCCAAUUUGCCCCUUGAGCAUGACAGGGAAAGUCACGAGAUGGCCCAAUGCAGAACAGCAGAAACCCUGGCACAGUACAGUAGGGAAGCAGAUGUCAAAGCCACACUGGGACAGAGCAAGAAAGGCCACUGCAAAGGGAGGCUCUACAUACCCACCUUUGAAGAAUUCAAGCAAAUGAGAAGUAAGGAGGCAAAUUCAUCUGCCAACAGCAGUGGGCCAACAGAUUGCUUGAAUAAGGGUCUUCCUGAAAACCAUACCCUGGAGGAGGAGAGCAGUAAGAACGUCUGUCCAGAAGCUCUGGGAACCAAAGCUGUGAAUGAAGUUGCUGUCACAGCAGAGGAUGACGAUGAUGUGUUCCAUGAAAACCAUGCUGCUGGCUUUUCCCAAUAUCCAGCCACAUGGAGUGGUUUCAGGAUGAACAGCCCUGAGGUGAAGGACAGAACCUUCCAGAUCUCCAGCCCGGAUAGAUCACCGGUCCCUGUUUGCUCUAGCCCUAUUCCACGAUCACCUUUACAGGCAGUAGCAAUACACAGAGCUGGGCAGGAGAUCUUCAGUGAUGAGCAGCAGAAAGGAGAGACAAGACAGUUAAAUGAUGUCCUCCACCUUGCAGGACAGUCGCUGGCUUCUGAAGCCCAGUCCUCUUGCUGUUCAUCGCUGCUGUUAGAAGCCACAGACUUAUCCAGCUAUGGAGCUAAGCUACAAAAAAUGAAGGAUGAAUUCAUAGGUUCAGCCCUGGAACUUAUUAAGAAAAGCUGCAAUGCUGAGACUGCCGCCAGGCCCCCCUCCGAGGGACAGCGUGAUCUAAGGGAAGCUCAUCUCCCAGCGCUGGAGGACGGCCAGCAGCCCGCAGCCAUGUCCAUGGCAACAGAGACCUGGGAGGAGAGGCCGAGCAGUGAGCCGUCCGGCGACACCGCAGCUGCAGGGAAC